AUGUCACGAUACCUCACUUCUGGCAAGAUAGCCCUCCUUGCCCUCGUAGAACUCUACGCAGAGUCGCGCUUCCCCAACCAAUCCGUGGUCCCGGUCCUCUCUUUCGUGAUCCGGCACCUGGUGAGCUCGAAAGAAAACACCGCCUUCAUCCUGACCCUCGAGAACAUAAAGUCCGCAACACUGCACCAGCCCAGCGCAGUCGUAGGUCGCACGAUCUUCGACUUGCUGCUGAAGAAACUGUGGGAAAUCAACUCCUUCGAUGCCCUUCACACGUUCUUUGCGAACAUACAGACUUACCUGAUUGAGCCCGAGCGCGCGGAUAAGUCCCCAGUGAGGGUGCAUGGGGAGAAGUCCAUGUUGAGUAGGACUUCUGUCCUGGGGUGUUUUGUCAGGAGGGCGGCGCUGGAGUAUGUCCGGUUGCAGUUUCAUGACGCCGUGUCUCUGUGGAGGAGCUUUAUUGCUUAUCGUGAGCCGACGUUGGCGAUGUGGAAGAAGAGGAAUUUGGGCGCUGGGCCGAUGAGCUUUGAUGCUAAUUUGAAGGGGUUGGGGUUUGGUGAUGGGAUGGUUGGGGUGGUUUAUGGGAAGGGGAAGGAGAGCCGGGAUUGCACUGUUUCCACAGACGAUGUGGAAAGACUAUUGGAAUUCCAGGUGGACUCUAUGCAGAGAAUGGGCACGAGGAUACCGGAUGACAUGCAGGUCCAAUUGAGGCAGAUGCUUAGUACUAAUGUUACUAUUCCUGCGUUGACGCAUUAUGUUGAGUUUCUGAAUUCCUGGCGGUCGGGGGAUUAUCCGGGGUCAUUUGAUAAUUUGCACCGGUACUUUGACUAUACGAUGCAUAAUCGAGAUCGAACCUUCUACCAGUAUGCUUUGCUGAAUCUUGCGAUUUUGCAGGCGGAUUUCGGGUGUUAUCGGGAGUCUAUACUGGCUAUGCAAGAAACUAUAAAUACAGCCCGGGAAAACAAAGAUAUGGCUUGCUUGAAUUUCUCGCUAUCGUGGUUAUAUCAUUUUCACAAGGCCCACCCACAAGACUGUCCAGAUGUCAUAUCUUCAAGGAUGGAACGUGAAUCGCUGCAGUUCCUUAAAGCAAAGGCCAAGGAGGGUGGAAUGCACCAUUUACAGUCUAUGGCGCAUCUCUCCGAAGCUAAGCAAAUACUCGUUGGGGGUGAAUCAAUACCGGCUGCCUUUGAGAGUAUACUGCGCAGUUCUCAUUUAAAUGUGACUAAGAAUAUACAUAACGCGAUGGGUUCACAGAUUUUGUUACAGUCUUCGUUGUGGAGUCGCAUGGGUAUUUCGUAUCUGUCCUGGAUGAACUGCGAGCUAUUUCUUUCGAAGUAUAGGGUUAAUUCUCCUAUAGAGGAUGUUGUUAAGGCGCUUUGUCGGAGUGCUUAUAUUAUGUCUCUGCGGGGGAAGACAGACGAAGCAUUGGAAAGGCUGGAUCAGGUAGACCAGGAGUGCCUGCGCACACUCAAGGUAUAUCAGUAUUGGGCAACAUAUGUUGGCCUUUUGAAGCUUAGGCAAGCUAUGUACAGGGGCGAUGCAGCAGCGGCGGAGCUACUACUUCAACAACUUUCAGCUUCGCCUUACGUGGAGCCUGACUGUGCAUUGGAAAUUUCGGUUUGUAGGCUUGACCUCCUUGCUCGUCGGGGGAAUUAUUCGGCUGCAUUAACCGCCAUAACCCAACUCUCAGAAGAGCUGGUACGGGACCGAGCAGACACUUACCACCGCAUACGAGUGAUGACUAUUAAGGCUGAUCUUCUCUCUAAAUGUGGCCGCACAGUAAAAGGCCUCUCCGUAGCCAUCAGCGCUGCAACGAUUGCCUGGCGCUCCCGCCUGCUGCCAGCCCUCUUCCAAGCCUUCCGCACAAUCGCCAACAUCCUAAUCCACAUGGGCGAGUUUUCAGCGGCGUACUCAAUGAUGGACAACAUCAUGCCCCAAGUCCUCGAGUGCGAGGACGCGUACCUCAACGCUCAAUGCUUUUCAUGCCUGGCGGAUGCACAGAUGGGACUUGCGGGGACUAAGAAGGGGGCAGGAAGGAAUGAAUGCUUACAUCGCGCGUUGGAGUUUAUUGAUAGGGGCUUUUCUGAAUACUCCCGCAUUAGAGAUACAAAGUCGCAAAUGACGCUUAUGAGCCAGAAGGCUAGGAUCCAGGACUUUACUGGGGAGAAGUCGUUAAGGGAUGACGCGGUUAAGUGGUAUAAACAGUUGAAAAAGGGUGGUUAGAGAGAGAACCCCCCCCUCCCUUUUUUUUUUAAAAAAAAAGUAGCUUUAUAUUACGAGCGAAAUUAUGAUAAUAUCGUACAGUAGUAAAUUCGAUCUGCCCCCUCCUUCCCUUGGUUCUACCUUUUUUUUUUUGGGCUUUAACACAAGUCGCCGGAUUGAGCUUUACCACCAAGGCAAGAGCAACUCCAGUCUAAUCCGGCUACUUGAGUAUCAUACACUUUAUACAUGACUAGAAAAAGUAGAGUGAUUUAUUUGU